CUGUUUCUUGUCGGUCCUUUGUACAGUUUUCGGGUUAACUUUUGCCUGUGUAAUUCAAAAAAUGCAGUUGGAUUGCACCAGCAAAAGCGGAAUCCAGACCGUAAAUCAGCAUAUCAUGCAGUACAGGAUGAUUGAAAAGCUGGUGCGCCGUUUGGAUGCAGUAGUUGCAUUCUCUACACUGGUUCUGUACAUGGGACAAGUUCUUGAACUGCUGGAUUUGCUUAGGCCUAGAAAACCCUUCGAAUACCGAAACACACCAGCGGAAUACGGCAUCCAUGUCGCCGAGCAUGUAUUCGUUCUCUUGUUGAGCGCUGUAACACAUCUCUUUCUACAUGAUCAGGCAAAAACGAUCAUUCCCCUUUUACACGAAUUACUGGCCGAUGCCACCGACCUUCGGUUUGAUCAGCGGUGUAAGAUUUUCGGUCAACUUAAUCAUUGGUCAACCAAUUGUGCAGGCUUUACGCUCUGGAACACGCUCGUGGCGAAUCGUGAAUUUAUGGUGUCGCUGUUUGGAAUUAUUGUGACAUACGCUCUCGUGCUGGAAGAACUAGCCGAAGCCGACGUGAAUGCCAGUCGACACCGCAGGAAUAUUACAAGUUGCGUUGAUCGAUUUUGGGUAGCCACUGUCUACGCCAGAUGUGCGAUAACAUGACACGAGUACCCGGCUAUA